AUGCCAUCGACGAGAUCGCUUAGCCACGGCUAUGCUGGGCAUCGACCGAAGAAUGAAAAGGUUGCCAGAGCGUCAAAACUCGAUUGUGCUACAUCAACUGUUCCUGCUGUGAUACCCAACCCUACCACCGUAUCUGCGCAACGCAGCGAUAAUGCCAUUCCUCAUGGCACAGAUCGAUCGUUCCCAUCAGCGGCCAAUAUCACCCCACCAGAGAUCCUUCUUCAGAUCUUCUCGAUGCUGACACCGCGUGACUUUGACAAUGCGCGUCGAACAUGCUCGCAAUGGUUGCGCGUGAGCCUGAAUCGCAAUCUGCUGGAGCGUAUGCUUAAGCGGGCUGGGUGGUGGGAUGCCUGGCAGAAUGACUGUGCAAAGCAGCUCACAUUGAGGCAAGAAACCGACGAGAGCGAAGUAUGGCGCAUGAGCCGGCGCUUUGCCACCGAAUGCCUUUUAUCGGGUCGGAAAGCCAAUGUUGAGAAGCCAGGCUUCUUGACCACCUCCAUAGUGGAUUUCUCUCAGCUCUCUCAGGGAUCAACAGUCACGAAGACUCGUGGGAGUACGUCUCGUGCUAAACCGACAUCACACAGUGUGAGAGACGCAAAACGAGGAAUGUCGACCUUCAGCGUCAGCAGCUGCGGCAACUAUCUGCUCGUCUCUACUGGGUGCAUGAUCUAUGUCUAUCGCCUCCGCUCCAGGAAAGCCAGGCGGAUGAUUUCAACCAACUUGACAGACGCUGACCUGGAGCCCAUAUCCAAAAUUGAAUGCCCGCUUGAAGUUCUCUCUGCCACAGUGGACACUAGCUCGCCCAAAUUUGUUGUCGCCGCCAUACUACAAAACCGUGUUGGAAUGAUUUGUGAUCUAGACGUAUUCCAACAUACGGACGAGAGAGUUACUUUUCAGCCGGAGGUGCCACGUAGUCACCAGAUGCCGACAAUUAACCCUACGUCUCGUCACUAUCAUUACAAUGUGUGCUCAUCCGAACAUCCACCUCGUACCAUUGCAGUUUGCCCUGGGCGCCGAUGCGUGGCGUUCGGCAGCUCCUCUGGCGUUGAAUUACACUGGAUAGAUGAGACCAACCAUAAGGAGCAGCGGAAGCAUUUCCCAAUGUCACAACCCUCAGAAGUUGUGCAUUUCCUGCCAAAUCGCCCCGACACACCUAUGGAACUACGGCUGAUAACUUCUUUGGCCGGCCCGGAGCUUCACGAGUGCGCCUGCCUACACUCGCCAUCCCCGGACCAUCCCAAGAAGUGUCACUUUCAUCUUCUGGCAGAUGUCCAGUCAUUCACUCGCAUGCCACCUGCCAAUUCAUCUAGUCUGAGUCUUGUACGGGCCACGCAUUGUCACCAUUAUCGGGCGAUUCCCAUCAAUGACGGCUAUCACAUUAUGUUCAUCGAGCCCCGUACCGGUCUACUCUGCAUUGGAUCAGAUGCACCAAUCGGUGGCCCUACCAGUCUCACCCGAGCCUUCGUCUGUGUGCCUCCGUUCGGCAAAGAUCCAGCAGAUAUCAAUAAGGAGGCUCGCGUACCAACCAUCUUCGCUGCCGGAUCGGACUUGAACUGGGGGUUGCGAGUGGUGGCCGCGUACCAGGACCGCAUUGUCCUGUACACAGUCCCCCUGGAUGUAUUUAACGUCAUCCGCAAGGAACGUGAGCGACAAGGUGACGGCGUCAUGGGCGACAGCGAUCUCGCCCGCGACUGGUUCGUGGACUCGGAGCGAUCCCGCAAGCGGCGCGAGAGUCUGGUGCAGAACCAGAACGGCGACUGGGAGUUCUUGCUGAGUGUCAGCUACAGACCUACAGCAAUGAUGUGGCCGUUCAAGAUAUACGGCAAAGAGAUUGGCAGUGUGGAUAAUCUCGUGGAACUGGCCCUGCAGUCUUCUAACGGCAGUGUUCGCGUCUGGGCCUUCGACGCCUCAGGAGAAGCGAGCAUUUUCGAUGUCGACACUUUCACUACUAGCACACAGGAUCUUGCCACAGUCCCUUGCAAAUCCCUUACACUCGCCUCUGACGGCAGUCUAGAAUCGGCUCGCUUAGUCGACCGCACCGACUCUGGUGUGUCGCCUCUACGAUCAUGUCGCAAACGCAAGUCCGGUGAACAGCACGACAACUUCACCAGUCGAUAUGGACCAAGUCGCCGGAUGUCUAAUAUGGCACAUGACUUUCAAACGAUCAGAAAUGGCGGUUCCGAUGAAUCCCCGCUCCGCCGUCCCUCAUUCGCUGCUUGUAUUGUGGAUUUUAAGAUCCCUGAACUCGAAUCGAGAGAGGGUCUGUGGAGAGAGAGCAGUCGUGCUUAG